AUAUUCUCUUUGGUGGUGCUUCUUAUGGUGUGCUCCUCGAAAUCCCAUGAUUCCUUUGACAACCAGAACUUAUUGAUGGAUCCUGGUGUUCUGUUGCAAAAACUCUUUUCCAAGUAUGAAAGAAACGGGAGUAUUUGUGCCCAUGGCCUAGAUAAGCUUAUUCGAAAUAUGAGGCAUCCGGAGAAACAGUGCUUCGCAGUCAAAGAUAUGCUAAAUGGAACCCUUAAUGAGGGUACAUUUAAGGAGAUUUUGCCGGUACUUAUUUACGAUCUUGUUGAGAACAACUGUUCAUUGGUAUUGGAUGACCACCAUGAUCACGAUCGUCAUGAUGAUUUGGUACCUGGCCAGGAUUGGAAGGUUUGGGGUGCCAGUAUCGGUGCUGUUGUCGUGAUAAAUAUGUCUGGUCUGGUUGUCGUCGUACUUAUCCCGUUGAUGUCGAGGAAAAUAUUCAAUGUUGCUAGUCAGUUUCUUAUCGCAUUAUCUGUCGGUUCUCUGAUUGGAGAUGCGUUUUUGCAUUUGAUCCCUCAUGCUCUUUUGUCGGACGGAACAGAGAGCCAUGGCCAUUCACACGGUACCCAUGAUGGGGACGAUAAUCAGCAUGAUGCCCUUGUAUGGAAAUCAAUGAUUGUCAUUUUGGGAAUCUACGCCUUCUUUUUAACGGAGCGCCUUACAAUUAUUUAUCAGAACAGCGCUUUUACGCGUAAACUGAAACGCAAGCAGAAAGUAGCCUCAAAACCUCCUACGGCACCUGAAGAGAUGUCCGGUCCAGUAGUCAACGGUGGCGCUUCCUUGACAAACCAAUCAUCCGGCAGUACACCACCCACCCCACACACCCCAAGCACUCAGCUUUUUGUUAAUUUGAAUCAGUGCCCUUCGAGUCAAGCUCCUCGUGCUAAUAUCGUCGGUGACAUUGAUGCCUCUUGUGGUAUGACUGAAACAUCUGCUUCCAGACACCUUUGCAACCACCCAUCUUCUAGGCCUCUCCAUGACGUCCGAUGUUCCGAAUUUCUCGUCGACGAAAAAGGUACUAUUGCCAACGGUUUACAAGGGCUUGCGGAGAUCAGCAGAACAGAACUACUGCUUUCUCAACAGGCGCAUCAACCCAAUAUGGGUGUCAAUAAUACUGCUGUUGCCUUGGCUCUUGGCGAGGGUUCAGGUGAUCCCUUGACGAAACAAACCAAAACUGACAGUGAUGAUGAUUUGGGGAAGACACAGUCGCUAGACAUGAGCUGUCAUGAGGAUGGUCACGCGCAUCAUGAGCACGGCCAUCAUCAUCACCACCAUCAUCCUCAUGGGCACGGGCACCAUUACAGGAAGCCUCAUGGGCACCACCACGGCCACAGCCAUGAUCUGAGCUCGGUGAAGGCCAUCGCGUGGACUCUCCUCGUCGGUGAUGGACUACACAAGCUAUGCGACGGCAUUGCCAUCGGCGCCUCCUUUGAGGAGAGCCUCCAAGGCGGUCUUUCUACUUCGCUGGCCGUCCUCUGCCACGAACUACCUCACGAGCUCGGGGACUUUGCGAUUCUCCUGCACGCAGGCAUGUCGGUGAAAGCAGCCUUGUUCUACAGCACUCUCUCGAGCAUCUUCUGCGCCGCUGGCAUGGUGCUUGGUGUCCUCCUUGGCUCCAUGCCCUCAGUGAAUCGCUGGCUUUUUCUAAUCACUGGUGGCAUGUUUGUCUACCUAGCACUUGUCGACAUGAUGCCGGAAUUGGCAACUACUCGCAUGAGCGGUCACCUUCACUGUCACACGCCCAGUGUCUUGUUCUUUUGGCAAAAUGUUGGACUUAUCAUUGGUGUUGCCACCAUGCUAGUCAUAGCUAAGUUUGAAGGAGUUAUGUGA